UUACAUAAAUAUUUAUUUGUUUUCCGUUAUAUAUCAUUUUUAUGCAGGUGCUUGUGGGAUGGAUAGACGUCAGAACACAUACAUUAUGGAAAAAAGCUUCAAAGAUUAUAUGAAAGAAUCUGUGUGCAGCUCCAGCACUUGCUCGCUGAACAGCAGUGAAAACCCAUACGCCACCAUUAAAGACCCCCCCAUUUUAACAUGCAAACACUCCGAGAGCAGCUACGUGGAAAUGAAAUCGCCCGGUCACAGGGAGUCCCCAUAUUCAGAAAUGCCAACUUCAUCGACAGCCAACAAAAACAUCUACGAAGUUGAGCCCACUGUCAGCGUGGUCCAAGACGCCCGCGGUCGGAGUGCCAGUUACCUCCAAAAUCCAUACGACCUGCCUAGGAACAGUCACAUUCCUAGUCACUACGACCUCCUCCCCGUAAGGCACAGUCCGACACACGGGCCAUCUUGGGACAAGCAGUCUUAAAAGGAUGAACUUCACUGGUGCGCUGUGCUGCAAACACAAAACUUUGAGGAAGCAAAAGAGAAGACAAUCCUUUUCUGUGCUGCAGGAUGCUGACGGGAUGUCAGACUCUCUUACGCAAGGACCUAACGUAACACAACAUCAGCUUGGGCCAACUGCUGUUGCAUGAUGUUAUUUAUAAAGACAUUUUUAUAUGGGUAACAGGAACUAACGAGAACCUCCUCCACGCGUGACUGGAGUACGUCACCCCAGGCACAAACUCUCCGUGGCGUGUAUUCUAACCCUGGCUUUGUUGUAAAAUAAAACACAAAAACGUGCUAAGUAGAAGGACUUACAGCUGUACAUUUCUACCCACUGCAUCAAGAAACCUUUUACUGUUAGGAACAAGGUGACUAGGAAUACGCUGGAAUAUAUUUUACAGCUUUGUCAUGGAAACAGACGUUUUUCUGAACGGAAGCAGGGAAACUUGUCAUUUCACUGUCUGGAAACCUCAUUUACUGCCAUCACCAUGUGCAACCUUUCCAGAUCAUGCUUGGUCAUUAGCGCUGAGAUGUGCACCUUCAUGUUCAGUACCAGGGUACGUGAGUAGAGGAAUAUUAACACAGACAAAGUCCGUGCCGGUUUUAAGAUGUAACGUCUUGGCCAACGUCUGCUGAUCUUUGCUAACGACUUGCGUUUCACCAAGAGCCUCACGCCCAGCUUACCACGCUUUUAACAAGCUAUAAAAUACUUUGAUUGGCACAGGUAGGCUUUAGCUUUCCUUACAGAGUUCUGUUUUGUUAGAUAAACCCAGCAGCUUCGUCAGGCAGUGUAAGUCACGGACCUUCACUCACUUCCCUGGGACGCUGCGGGUCUGCACAGACGCACCCUGGUUUGGGUCCUUUCCUAAAGCUGAGACACAUCGGCUUCUCUAGACCAUCUUUACAAACCAUCCCAUCAUGAUUCACUUAACAGCAUGCCAUUUACAACACCCUUUAAUUUGAUGUGCAUUACCAUGUAGUGCAACUUUAUCCAUUGAUGAUUCUACCUGAAAUGUUAUUAAAUUGAGCUGAACCCGGGUUUUCUUUUCCAGCAGCUGUUUGUGAAGUAAUUAUCAAGGGGUUGGCCCAUGGUAAAGCUUUGGACUAAGCCACCGUGAUGACUUUUUUUUUUUUUUGGUAAUCUUUAUUGACCUAGAAAGUAGAAUACUUGCCGUUAAGCAGUUCCUUGUAGAUUUUGAGCAUGAAAUAGUAUUGAUUCUAAGUAUGUAAUUUCAUUAGGCAAACGUGGAAGUAGCAAGUUGAUUGCCUCUUAAAUAUAUAAAAAAAAAUUCUGUUGCACAUUCUGACAGAAGCAGAAGAGAAUGAAACCAGCACCAAUCAGUUGCUCAAAGCACGAUCGCUCGCGUAACCUGCUGGUCUGGGGACUGGUAAGAGGAGCCUUCCAGCUCGGAGGCAGCGGCUUGAUCCCGGCUCCGAGUCAGAGCAGGCGUUGGAUCACUUGGAGCACCCUGUCAGGGCCCAGCCCCUGUCCCCGCAGAUGGGCUCAGCCCCUGGCACAGUGAUAGCAAACCGCUGGCAGCCGGCACAGCAGCCCUGGGCUCGCUGCGGCAACACGCUCACGUCAGGGUCAGGACGGGGGGCGCCCCAGCGAUGGGCUGCUGGAGGAUCCAGGACCCCGCCGGGAGGUGGGGUUGGCUCUGAACCCCUCUGUGCAAACCAAGAGUUUUGCAGCGAGAGCGCCGAGCUGAGCCCAGUGAUGCCCCAGGCUUCCAGAGCAGCAGAUUGUCACGGUGCAGGAUGACGCAGAAGUAGUUACAUGAAUGCUGCAUGCGCGCAUGGGGGCAAUGACUGAUCAGCAAUAGUAAUUUUAUGUUCCAGGAAAGCCUUAUUUGAGAUGUAAGCAGACAACUAUUUUGUAGGGCCAGUAGGAAUAUAUUUUAUGUACAUGAAUAGGAAGACUUACCUCAAAAAUAUCAAGAGAAAGGCAGUUGGGUAAGGAAUACUCGUUAGAGACCUACCU